AUGUUUUGUUUUUGCCGUCAGUUCGUCAAUUGCAAUUUCUCCCUCUUCGCGAUCGCGAAUCUCGACUCCGCCUCAGCAGUCGGCGACUCGACGCUUCGACGCUUCGUUCUGUCGUCCUAUGUUCGCCGGUCCACCGCCCACCAGUCCGACACCCGCCGGUCCGCCGCCCACUUGUUGAAUGUUGAUUCCGUCGUCUGCCGGUCCAUCGUGGCACCGCCGACCAGUCUGCCGGCCGCCCGCGGCCCCGGCCCGCCUGUCCGCCGCGGCGUCACCCAUCCACUGCAGCAGCAAGGACUGUCUUUCCGUGGACAUGAUGAGUCAAGUAGUUCUUUAAAUAGAGGAAACUUUCUUGAAUUGCUUCAAUGGUACAGUCAACGAAAUGAGGAAGUUUCAAAGGUUGUUAAUCAAAAUGCUCCCGGAAACAAUCAAAUGAUUUCUCUAGCAAUUCAAAAAGACCUUACGCGUGCUUGUGCCUCUGAGAUCACACUUUCCAUAAUCGAAGAUAUUGGAAACAAUGUUUUCUCCUUAAUGGUUGAUGAAUCUCGAGACAUUUCAGUGAAGGAGCAAAUGAGAGUUGUUUUGAGAUAUGUGAACAAAAGAGGACAGGUGAUUGAACGAUUCCUUGCAAUUGUACAUGUAUCUGACACUAGCUCUCGUUCUUUGAAGGAUGCUAUCGAUGCUUUAUUUGCGAAACAUGGAUUAUCAUUAUCUAGACUGAGAGGUCAAGGAUAUGAUGGAGCUUCAAAUAUGCGGGGUGAAUUCAAUGGAUUGAAAUCUCUCAUUUUACAAGAAAAUCCAUAUGCAAGUUAUAUUCAUUGUUUUUCUCACCAAUUGCAGUUAGUUAUUAUUGCUAUUGCCAAGAGUAAUCUCAAUGCGAAUAAAGUCAACCCAUUUUGUGAGUUGAAUGAGAUCCCAGUGCCGGAGAUGAAAGACAAUUGUAUGAUUGGUGGUCGUAGUAGACGUAGAAGGCAAGUCAUCACCAAUUUGCAUUAUUAUCGUGUGGAGAUUUUCUAUCAGGUUGUUGAUUCAGUUAUACAAGAGAUGAAUACUCGUUUUUCAGAAGUUGGCACAGAAUUGCUUAGUUGUAUAGCAUGUCUUUAUCCAAGGAAUUCUUUUUCUGAAUUCAAUGUUCAGAAACUCGUUCGACUUUGUGAUUUAUAUCCUGAGGACUUCUCAACAAAUGAUUGUAUAGUUAUUGAACAACAACUUCAGAAUUUCAUUCAUAAUAUACGACAGGACCCAAAUUUUUUUGGAAUUGAAGAUUUGGGAAGUUUUGCUCAGAAAAUUGUUGAAACUCAAAAAAAUCAAGCUUAUCCAUUGGUUUAUCGUCUGAUUGAGAUGACAUUAGUUUUACCAGUUGCGACCGCUUCUGUUGAAAGAGUAUUUUCUGCGAUGAAGACGAUAAAGACUGAUUUACAUAACAGAAUGGGAGACGAGUGGAUGAAUGACAGUCUAGUCGUAUACAUCGAGAAAGAUAUCUUUUCAACAAUUGAAAAUGAGCAAAUAUUGCAGCGUUUUCAAAAGAUGAAAAGCCGCAGGAUGCAGCUACCUCCUCUUUCUUAUCCAACGAUCACCUAA